AUGGAGAACACACCGGUUAACACAGAAUCUAAUGUCAGAAGAUCUGCUCGCCCUAGAAGGUCAAUCGAGUCUCCAAAGCCGGUGAAGCCGCGCGCUGUUCAGAAACGGACACUUGCCCAAAUCGAGGAGCAAGAGGAGCAAGCUGCGAGGAAGAAGCACAAAGCGGAGGAUCGCAAGACGGUGACCGAUGCGUUGAACGUACGGAGGGCUGAACUCGAGGCGGCAAGAAAGCGAUGGAUGUAUCACCAUCGCGACCUCUUCCAACCGUUGACGCGCUCGAACAACGUAUUCUUCGAGAAUAUCGAGUCCGAUUCCAAGGCACAUGGUGCGUACGUUCCAAUGGAACAGGUGAACGAGCAGCCACGACUUGUAGAAGGUGGCGAAAUGAAGGAUUAUCAGCUGGAGGGCAUGAAUUCAGUCCUUGGUGACGAGAUGGGUUUGGGUAAGACUCUGCAAACUCUGGCGUUGUUUGCCCACGUUAAGGAACACUCUGCCGGCAUCACUCUUGAUCCCCACCUCAUCAUAUGUCCACUAUCCGUUCUCUCCUCGUGGCACGCGGAAGUCGGCCGAUGGGUACCCUCAAUGAAAGUGCUACGUUUUCAUGGCACUGCAUCCGAGCGCGAACGCCUCAAGUCUACGAUGAAGGGAAACUCUGCCCCUCACUACGAUAUUAUCCUCACGACAUACGAUGUAUAUGCGGCGGAAGACCGGUGGCUGAAAACUAGACGAUGGACAUACGUUGUCUUAGAUGAAGGCCAUAAAAUCAAGAACAGUGAGACUAACCUCUCAGGCAAGUUGCAAGUCUUGACCGGCACACCUUUGCAAAACACACUUUCAGAACUGUGGGGUCUCCUUAACUGGCUCUAUCCGGUCGUAUUCACGCCUGCAACUGAGAGAUUCUUCCAACGGUCGUAUGAUUAUGCGAAAGGCAACUACGACCUCGAUGUCCUGAAACUUGCCCAGAAACUUCUCGCCGUGAUCAUGCUACGGAGGACCAAGAAUACCAUCCAGCUUGGAGUGCCACCACGAGAGGAAUUGACGGUGUUCAUACCUUUGACCGAGGCUCAGCGAUUUUGGACGUAUCGGAUGUUGACGAAGAUGGACGACGUGGAUCUGAAUGAGGUCUUUACUGCUAAAAACGUAAAGGCUGAAGUAAAGUUUCAGAAGACCGAAGCCUCAUCAAAGCUGGGUAUCACCACAGAACCAAACGAUCCGUCUGCUACAACUGUAGUUCAACAUUCGGUCCAGACGACCAUCAGAGCUCCUGUUCCACCGAGAAGCGGGACUUGGAAAAAGUUGAUGAAUCUUUUGCUACAGCUGCGUCAAAUAUGCAACCAUCCUUACAUGCUCGGCGAAGAUGCCGAACCCAGUCCGUACUACAUCGGGGAACACCUCGUCUCGUCAUCUUCCAAAGUCAUUGUUAUCGAUAAGAUUCUCAAGGAUAUCCUUCCUAAGGGCGAGCGCGUACUUAUUUUCUCUCAGUGGACGAGCAUGCUGGACCUUCUUGAAGACUUUAUGCAUCUCAGGAAGAUCAAGUAUUGUAGACUUGAUGGCAGCACACCUCGCGCGCGGCGGACGUUGGAUAUCAAGCUGUUUCAACAGGAAAAUUCUCCGUUUGAGGUCUAUCUCAUCUCCACAAAAGCCGGCGGGUUGGGCAUCAAUUUGACCAAGGCUUCCUGCGUCAUCAUGUGCGAUAGCGACUGGAACCCACAGAACGACCUGCAAGCUAUGGCUCGUGCACACCGGAUCGGGCAGACGAAGAUCGUGAAGGUUUACCGACUCAUUUGUCGAGCGACCGUCGAGGACCAGAUGCUAGAUCGUUUGAGGAGGAAACUUUUCUUAUCAGUCAAGGUGAUGGGCUCGGCCAACCAAUCCGCCUCGCAAGCCGAUACUGGUCUUGGGUAUGACGAAGUCAUGAAUAUUCUUCGCAAAGGUUCCAGUGCUCUCAUGAGCUCCGACGAUGGGAUGAAUCUCGGAAAAUUCUUGGAAGCCGAUAUUGAGUCCAUCUGCAAAGUUUCUCGGGAGCAAGAGAAACGGAGAGAUGCGAAGGUCAGGCACGAGCUAGGUGAUGUUGGUGAUACCAAGCAAGAAGUAGACGAGGCUGCAAACCAGAGGUUACUGGAGGAUGCGGAGGAGGAGGAGAAGAGGUUGCUGAGUGGUGUGGCACAGGUACAAUCACGCUUGUUCGAAGGACAUAUCAUAGCAAGGAGGGAUGAGAAACCACGGCAAGAGAAGUGGAUUGACUUACAGAAAAGGGCCAGGUCAGACCGCACAGUGACUGUUGGUGGGAUGACCUUCAUACUGGACGCUCCAGAAGUAUAUUCAAUGCAGCCGGCUCCCCCGAAGAAAAAGCCAAAGAAGGUUUUGGAACACGAGGAUUGGUGUAUCGUAUGUCGCGAUGGCGGUGAACUCUAUGUGUGCGACCAUUGUCCACGAGUUUUCCAUAGAGAAUGUCUAGGGCUUUCCGUCCGCGACACAAAGAUGCCCUCGAUGAGGUGUCCACAGCACUCGUGUUGCCGCUGUGCUCGAACCCUUGCUCAGUCAGGUGGUCUGUUGUUCAGGUGCCAAACAUGUCCUCAGGCUUUCUGCGAGGACUGUCUGCAUCCAGGUCCGUUGGACGCCGUAGGUGAUAACCUUCCCGAGUUUGAGCUCCUUGGGUAUCCAGAGAAAUCAUCGGCAUACUACAUUCGAUGUACCGACUGUCACGAGCAUUGGGAACAAGAGCCCAAGGCUUGGAAAGGGUGGAAGGCAGAGAUGCGCGAUACGGAGAAGAAACUCCGUGCUCGUGAGAUGGGUAAGGAGGAGCACUGAUACUGUGAUUCUUGCAUACUGAGUAGUUGUGUUUUGUCUGCUAUCAUUGCCGUGGUGUUAUCCUGGCACCAUUUAAUACUUCAUGUCUUCGAUUAUAUCCCAAUUAUACAUGUUGAAACUGC